AUGCCUGCUGUGGGAUUAGUGACGGAAGAGAGUGAUUUGGAAGAAGACGAAGAAGAUGAAAGACACCUAGCGGAGCUGACUGAGCGCAUUAGCCCCUGUUGUUCGCUAGCCUCUAAGCCGCUUUUUGCCAAUUUUGAAGAAGUUGCUGGAUCACUAGUGAGGAAAACUCCGAGUGUUCCCGUUGACCGAAAGGGGCUUCUUAGAAAGAUGCUGCGAAAGUUCGAAAAACAGGAAGGCACUCGAUCUGGAGAGUCGGCCUCCAGUACGCUGCUUUUUCCCAUGCUAUGCGUUGACUGGCCUCUUCGUGUCAUUUCGCAGACCGAUGGCAGCCUCUGCGCCACGUCUGCACACUCCGUGGCCAGCCAGUCAGCUGUCGAAAACUAG